CAGCAGAAGAAGGAUUUGACUGUUGGAGGGCGGUUCGGUACCGGCUGUCUGCUCCGCUGUUACCUGUUGUUAUUGAACCACACCAGACUGAUAGCUGCCCUGAGCCAUGAGUGAGUUCAGGAUCCACCAUGAUGUGAACGAGCUGCUCAGCCUGCUUCAUGUUCGAGGAGGUGAUGGAGCAGAGGGCUACAUAGACCUGCUGCAGAAACACAGGACUCCCUAUGUCACCACCACAGUGUCUUCUCACAGUGCCAAGGUCAAAUUAGCAGAAUUCUCCAAAACCCCCGAGGACUUCUUGAGGAAGUACGAGGAGCUCAAGUCCAAAAAUGUUCGAAAUCUCGACCCUCUGGUUUACCUGCUCUCCAAACUCUGUGAGGAUAAAGAGACGCUCCAGUUUCUGCAGCAGAACGCCAAAGAGAGAUCAGAGUCAUUGGCGAACACGACGUCAACCACAACGACCAGUUACACUCUGCCUCAGACCAGCACCAAGAUGUCCAUGCAGGAACUUGAUGAGCUGCGAAAGAAGCUCGGCAACGUGACGGCCAGCUCCAACGCUCCUCUGCCUGCUGAAGUCACACGGAAGAUGCUGAGAGACAAACACAACAAGAAGAACCCCACCCAGCCCAACCCCGUGUUUCCUAACUGGGUGUACGACCGCCCCGCUCUCAUCGGAGACUUCGUCACCAACCCCACCCCUUCAGGAGAUCCAGCUUUGGCCAUUGGUACGAUGCCCCUGCCCGCUCAGGAACAAGCUCUGGUGGAGGAUCUGCUGUUUGUCCUGGUUGGUGUUGACGGGCGAGACAUCACAGCUCAGCCGGUACUGGGGAGGCAGAACCGCUCCUUCAUUGUCGACUCAACGCUGGACAUGUCUAUCAAAGAGCUGGUUAACAGAAUAUUACCAGUCGCGUCGUAUUACUCCACGAUAACACGCUUCAUCGAGGAGAAGUCGUCCUUUGAGUACGGCCAGGUGAACCACGCGCUGACGGCGGCGAUGAGGACCCUGAUGAAGGAGUACCUGAUCCUUGUCACUCAGCUGGAGCACCUGCAGCGACAGGGCCUGCUGUCCCUGCAGAAGCUCUGGUUCUACAUCCAGCCCACCAUGAGGACCAUGGAGAUACUGGCCUCUAUUGCGUCCUCGGUGGACAAAGGAGAGUGUGCGGGUGGGUCGACACUGAGUCUCCUUCACGAUCGAACCUUCAACUUCACCGGCGACAGCCAGGCUCAGGAGCUGUGUCUCUACCUCACCAAAGCAGCCAGCGUCCCUUACUUUGAAAUACUGGAGAAGUGGAUCUACAGGGGCAUCAUCAAAGAUCCGUACAGUGAGUUCAUGGUGGAAGAGCACGAGCUGCAGAAAGAGAAGAUUCAGGAGGACUACAAUGAUAAGUACUGGGAUCAGAGAUACACCAUCGUACAGCACCGGAUUCCCUCCUUUCUGCAGAAAAUGGCAGACAAAAUAUUAAGCACAGGGAAAUACCUGAAUGUGGUGCGAGAGUGCGGCCGCGAUGUGACGUGUCCUGAUGCUAAGGAGGUCCUGUACACCCUGAAGGAGAGGGCGUAUGUGGAGCAGAUAGAGAAAGCUUACAACUACGCCAGCAAGGUCCUGCUGGCCUUCCUCAUGGAGGAGAAGGAGCUGGUUUCACGCCUGAGAUCCAUCAAGCACUACUUUUUGAUGGACAAAGGAGAUUUCUUUGUGCACUUCAUGGACCUGACGGAGGAGGAGCUGAAGAAGCCAGUGGACGACAUUGUUCCUCCCCGACUGGAGGCGCUGCUGGAGCUGGCUCUGAGGAUGAGCACAGCCAACACUGACCCCUUCAAAGACGACCUCAAGAUUGACUUAAUGCCUCAUGACGUCAUCACUCAGCUGCUGCGGGUGCUGGCCAUCGAGACCAAGCAGGAGAAGGCCAUCAUCAACGCAGACCCGACAGACGUGGCCCUCAGCGGGCUGGAGGCCUUCUCCUUCGACUACAUCGUCAAGUGGCCGCUCUCGCUCAUCAUCAACAGGAAAGCCCUGACGAGGUACCAGAUGUUGUUCAGACACAUGUUUUACUGCAAACAUGUGGAGAGGCUGCUGUGCAACGUGUGGAUCAGCAACAAGGAUUUCAAGCUGUACUCUUUACAUUGUGCCAAAUGGUUUGCUGCUGCGUUCGCCCUGCGACAGCGCAUGCUCAACUUUGUGCAGAACAUCCAGUACUACAUGAUGUUUGAGGUGAUGGAGCCCACCUGGCACGUCAUGGAGAACAACCUGAAAACGGCGUCAAACAUCGACGACGUGCUCUGCCAUCACACCAGCUUCCUGGACAACUGCCUGAAGGACUGCAUGCUGACCAACCCCGAGCUCCUCAGGAUCUUCUCCAAACUCAUGUCCGUCUGCGUCAUGUACACAAACUGCAUGCAGCGGUUCACUCAGUGUAUGAGGUUAGAGCGCCUCUCUCUGGAGCAAGGCACCAUGGACGGGCCUCCCACUCAGAGCGAACACGCUGAGGAGGCAGAGAAGAAGAGGCUGAACACAAAGUUAUUAUCAGAGCACGCGGACACCCUCCAGUCAGACGCAGGCUUUGAAGCCACCAUCAGCAAGUUCGACAGCAACUUCAGCAUGCUGCUGCUGGACCUGCUGGACAAGCUGAGCAUCUACAGCACCAACGACUGUGAGCACAGCAUGAUCAGCAUCAUCUACAGGCUGGAUUUCAAUGGAUUCUACACGGAGCGUCUGGAGAAGAUGGCCAUAGAGCGCAGUCAGAAAGCAUCAGCGUAGCAUGUUAUGACUUUGUGUGUAUUAACCGUCACCCAGCAAUAAAGACCUACUUUCCUCAUGUCUGUCCAUCAGUCCAACCGCCCAGAUGAUCACCACACAGACAUAAGAGUGCUGAUGCUUCAGUGUGUAUAUUAUAUAUGAUGUACUGCGUUGCGUCAUUUCAAUGAAUCAAAUUGUACAUUUAAAGAUAUGCAGAACUAAUAUGUUUAUUCUCAUGUCACUCCUUAUGGGUAACUUAUUGUACCUGUACAAUGAACAUGUAUGUUUGUAUUCAUUAAAACAAGACUUUACUGAAUGAA